CUUGGCCCACUAAUCAACAAACCGGCCUGCCGGGCCCGACGCGACCCUCACCUCGGGCCUCUCGGAGUCGGACAGCCGCCCAGCUGGCUCCUGCGACGCGGCAGUGAAUAGUGGUGCCUCCUUGCCUCGAUUGAGGGCCAGACCUCCCCAUCUGCCGGCUACCCUGGAUAUCAGGCGACCCCCGGACCCUGUGAUUGGCGCCUGCGCCUGCUGACCGUGACCCAGGAGCCCCCCGGAAGGACUUGGGACAGGGAUCUUGCAUUAUUGGUCUUUAUCUUUUUCACAAAGUGGCUGGCAUUCGAAGAAUGUUUGUUGAACUUGAAGAGACAUAUGGGCAAUGCAUGGAAAGGGAGAACAUCCUUGGUCCUACAGUUUUGCUGACACUGACAUUUUUCUAAGUGCUCUUGAAUAGUCUUGAAUAGCUUUUUAUGUAAAUAACUGGCUAGACUUUGUAUUUUUCAUCACCGAAUCCUAUAAUCUACAAUUGCCAGAGACUUAAACACACUACUUUUAGGAUAUCAUUUACCCUGAGAGCUCUUCCUUUGUUGCAAAAUGUUGAGAUACUGGGGAGAGAUACCAAUCUCAUCAAGCCAAACAAACAGAAGUUCCUUUGAUUUGCUCCCACGGGAAUUCCGUCUGGUGGAAGUCCAUGAUCCACCCCUGCACCAACCUUCAGCCAACAAGCCCAAGCCCCCCACUAUGCUGGACAUCCCCUCAGAGCCGUGCAGCCUCACCAUCCAUACCAUUCAGUUGAUCCAGCACAACCGACGUCUUCGCAACCUUAUUGCCACAGCUCAGGCUCAGAAUCAGCAGCAGACAGAAGGUGUAAAGACUGAAGAGAGUGAACCUCUUCCCUCCUGCCCUGGGUCACCUCCUCUCCCUGAUGACCUCCUGCCUUUAGAUUGUAAGAAUCCCAACGCACCAUUCCAGAUUCGGCAUAGUGAUCCAGAAAGUGACUUUUAUCGUGGGAAAGGGGAACCUGUGACUGAACUCAGCUGGCACUCCUGUCGGCAGCUCCUCUACCAGGCAGUAGCCACAAUCCUGGCCCAUGCAGGCUUUGAGUGUGCUAAUGAAAGUGUCCUGGAGACCCUAACUGAUGUGGCACAUGAGUAUUGCCUUAAAUUCACCAAGUUGCUGCGUUUUGCUGUGGAUCGGGAGGCCCGGCUGGGACAGACUCCUUUCCCUGACAUUAUGGAACAGGUAUUCCAUGAAGUGGGUAUUGGCAGUGUGCUCUCCCUCCAGAAGUUCUGGCAGCAUCGCAUCAAAGACUAUCACAGUUACAUGCUACAGAUUAGUAAGCAACUUUCUGAAGAGUAUGAAAGGAUUGUCAAUCCUGAGAAGGCCACAGAAGACACUAAACCUGUGAAAAUCAAGGAGGAACCUGUGAGCGAUAUCACCUUUCCUGUCAGUGAGGAACUGGAGGCUGACCUUGCUUCUGGAGACCAAUCUCUGCCCAUGGGAGUCCUUGGGGCUCAGAGUGAGCGCUUCCCAUCUAACCUGGAGGUAGAAGCUUCCCCACAGGCUUCAAGUGCAGAGGUAAAUGCUUCUCCUCUUUGGAAUCUGGCCCAUGUGAAAAUGGAGCCUCAAGAGAGCGAAGAAGGCAAUGUCUCCGGGCAUGGUGUGCUGGGCAGUGAUGUCUUUGAGGAGCCCAUGUCAGGCAUGAGCGAAGCCGGGAUCCCUCAGAGUCCUGAUGACUCAGACAGCAGCUAUGGUUCCCACUCUACUGAUAGCCUCAUGGGGUCCUCCCCUGUUUUUAACCAGCGCUGCAAGAAGAGGAUGAGGAAAAUAUAAAAGGAAGGUUUUCUGUCCAGACCUACAACACCCAACAGAAAACCUUUGUUAUAUUAGAAUUUGUUUCCAUUAACAGUGAUUUGGCUCUUAUUCUUAAACACAGUGGGCUUUCCUAACUUCAGAGGAACUGGACUUAACCAAACCAGGUUACAUUUUACUUCUGCAUCCAGUUUUUAUAGUUUUCCACAGCUAAGCCGCUGUUCACAGAUGGAACAUGAUGCUGGUAUGGUAAUCAGGAGACCAAAGCACAGUCCCCAACUAUUGUCUCUACCGUGUGACUAGACAUAUUAGCUUUUCUACAGCCAUUUCUUUUUUUUUUUUUUUUGCCCUGCUAACACCUUGAUUUUAAAUAGUCAUUUCUCUUGCACAACUAAGAAUCAUACCACUUUGACCUAGCUUGCCAAGAUGUGAGGAUUGAAAUGUUGGCUAAACUUCAAAGCUGUACUUGAACAGACUCAUAAGUAAAGAUAUGUUGAUAUCAGA